GAAACUUGCCCUCUGUUGUUGAAAAACUACCAAUACCAACGAGAGAUGAGGUACACAAGGUGCACUCAAAAAAUCUCGCGAGCAAAAUAUUCUUAUUUUCCGCGAUUUCCUUCUCCAAAGCCAUUGAACAAGAGAGAAAAACUAAAGAAGGAGAUGGAAGAGAGAAAACCCAAGAAGCGCGACGAACCAAUUCAUCCAGGAAGUCUAAGGACGAAGGAGGAAUACUUAAAGAUAUUUCUUUCGCUAAAAACUGCCGAGAGAAAUUUUGUGAAGAAGCAUAAACUCUUCUGCCGCACUGGCUCCGAUUCGCCAUUUUUUUCUUGA